AUGAGCUCUCCAGAGGAGGCAUCUGUGCCGGGAACUGAUUUUUUCGUGGAGGCUGAGGAGCAGCCCAAGAGCUUGAGUGUUAUCCCAGGGCCUCCAGAGAGCCAUGAGGGUGAAGAUAGCCUCUCAGGCCCCAACGGCACCGAGACCCCCUUGGUGUCCCAGCUGGAAGUGACAGAGGGCAGAACGGUGGUGCUUUGGGCCCGUGAGAACUGGUCAGACUCCCCAGUCGACGAGGAAGGGAGGCCAGGCUCGCCGGUUGACGAGAUAGGGGUUAGUCUAGAUUUCCUGCCCCAUGUCAGAGUCGAGACUCUGCCCAUCGAGCAGAUGACCAGCCUGGAGACAGACCCGGAGACACCAGACACGGGAGAGCACCCAUCCUCAGAGAGCGUUUGCAGUGAUGCAGAGGCAGGCCCUAGCAGGAGAGGCCUAGAGGCCACAAGCUGUGAGGAGGCAAAGCUGGCCUCCGCUGCCCUUCUCUACCCCAAGGGACCAGAGCAGGGCAGGGCCUGGGUGACCCCGAGGAGGAGCACCGCAAGUAGAGUGAUGGUCAGCAAAGAUGCUCAAUGUCCUUCCUCUGAACCCGAGACUUCAGAUGAAUUCGAUGAGGCACAGAUGAUGAGGGUGACCAUUUGCCUCAAAGAUGGAGGCCAGGCCAAGUCCAGCAGCCUAGUGGAGGCAGGAGGCCUAAACAGACCCUCUAAUGUCCAGAUCACGGACAGUUUAGUUCGGAUGCCCUCCUCUCUGGUAGCCUCUCCUUCCUGGGCACUCACCUCUGGCGUGGAAAGGCAGGCCUCAAAAGAGCUGGAAGCCUUUCCCCCUAAGAAAAAGCAGGGGGUCGAAGGGAGCAAGGGAGGGGGCAAGCCCAGCUAUGCAGAGGCUGCUGCUGCUGGGGCUGCUGGCCUGCCCAAGGCCAGUCCUAGAAAGAAGGUGGUCCAGAAGAGGAAAACCCUGUGGGACGCCUCAGCAGUUACCCGGGGCAGAGCAUUCCAUCAUUGGGGCCAGAGACUAACAUCAGCUCCUGUGGAACCAGCCACCUUUCCCCGACACUUGGGUGUUGGCCUGUCUGGGAGGUCCAAUAAAUGCUCAUUGAUGCCUUUGAGACCCAAACAGUGCAAGAACUGCUACACUGGGAAGAGAUCUGGAGCAAAGAGGACAAGGGAGUUCCAGCCGGUGACCAGAGAAGAUACUGAUACCACCAGAGAUCCCUCCUCACAGGCUCAGCUUCCAAAACACAGGGCAGAUCCACCUUCCCAGAACGUGCUUCAAGGAGAAUUCAGCGGUGGGGAUCCCAACACUAGAGGCUCUCAGGAUCCAGGAAACUCCUUAGCAUUGAGUCAGAGAAACAUUGCGUCAAGAUCUGCACCCUCCGGUGACCAGGAACCACCUGUGGGUCCCCCAGACCCAGAGCCAGAGAUGCAGCAACUACCAGAAACACAGGGCUGUCCUCGGUGUCCAGAGUUACAGAAGGACAUAGAGGAUCUCAAGAAACAGCUAGCAGCUAUGCGGUCUCUCAACGAAAAGUUCCAGGCCCUUUCAAGUUAG